AUGUCUUCCAUCGUAGGCCACUCAUCGGUGGUAUCAUCAAAGACCUCCGCACCACGCCCAAAGGAUCAGACCGUUCAGGUCGAGUUCGGAGGUCAGAAGGUUGAUGUACCAAAAGAUGGAUACUACGACCGUUACCGUAUGAACCCGAACCUGGAUGAGGUAGCCCGUGAUCCUGCCGUUGGAUCCGACAUCGACUUCUUCUGGAAGAUCCCAAAGAAGCUGGUCGAUUCGAGGGUCGGUCAAAUAUACGCACCCAACUUCUAUUAUCGCACUAGGAGUGUCCAACUCGUCUUUCUCGCCCCCCUCGACCACUUGAAGUCUAAACUCCCUUCGCCCUUGAAACCCAUCACGGCGUUGCCUGGCUACGGUUUGGUCGCGUUGACUUUUUACUCGUACCUCGUCUGCGACAACGAUCCUUACAACGAAGUUUCGGUCGCUAUCAUCGUCCGUCAGCCGGGGAAAAAUAGUUAUAGUACGACCCAGCUGCUCAGCUCCGUAUGGAACCGAACCUUCUACGGAUACGUGCUGGCUCUACCCGUCGAUACCGAGAUCGCUCGAGUACGAGGCGUAUACGGAUAUCAAUUCCCCAAAUGGCUCGCCAAUAUUAAUCUAGAGAUGGAUGAUCACAACAUCAAGGCCGACCUCACCGCGGCCGAUGGGACACCGGAUCUGAUACUAGACGUACCUCUUCCGCCUCUGAAGACCAUGCCGUCGCAAACUUCGAUCGGAACCAACAAUGCGAUUAACAAGAUCGACGGGAAGUGGUACCAGGUGGCAGUCCAGACGAACCCGCUCCUAGGGACACAAUGCCUUUUUCCUAGUAACGUCAAGCUCUCUCGGAGGGAAGGUCCACUGAGUAAAAUCCUUAACGAGUUGGGAGUUUCGACCAUCCUACGGAUGGAUGUCCUUAAGGAUGCACAAAUGGUCUUGAACAUGCCCACACCCUUGAAUGCGUUCGAUAAUGUUAAGCUAUGA